UAUUCAUGUAUUUUUUUAAAGGACAUUUCUAUCUAUUAUUUGGUAAAAUAAUUCAAUUCCUGUCACGUGACAUACGUACUUGAACGUGUUCAUAUUUUCAUAUUAGCAGGAAUAUCAUGAAAAACAUGCACAGAUGGAAUUAAGCAGAAAAGAAAAUGUCAGGAAGUACAAUGAAGUUUUUGCUGCUGUCUUGGAAUCUGACAUUGAAAUUCUUAAGUCAAUUGUUGAAGAAGAGGGUGUGUCUGUAUUAGAGAAGAAGACAAAAGAAGGUUGGACAACGUUGCAUGUUGCAGUCAUAUUUUCAAAAGAUUGUGUUGUUAAUUUUCUCCUUGACCAUGGUUGUAAUGUUCAUGUACAAGACACAGAUUUAAAAACACCACUUCACUGGGCAGCUUUUAAUAAUGUGCCGUACAAAAUUUUCGAAAAAAUAGUGCAUGUGGCUUCAAAAACGAAAGGUGCGUUAGACACAAACGACGCUCUUAGAAGAACACCUCUACAUUAUGUAUGCAUGAAUAAUGCAGCUUGCAACGAAGAAGAAAUUAUCUCUAAUUUUUCUAUUGAAAUAGUAAAAAAAGUGCACUUAUUGCUAAGUUUCGUCGGUGAUAUCGAUUCAAUGGACAAUGAAGGUAAUACUUCUUUGCAUCUAUUUUGUUCUAACAUCCACAAUUGUGUACAAUCGCAGAUUGUAGAUCAUAAUUUGAUUCCAGAGGAACUGAAAGAAUAUAAAUCAAAAUCUUUAUGUGGUUUUAUCACAGAAAUAUUCAUAAACAAAAAGGCAAAUAUUUUCUUGCCAAACGAAUAUAAAAUUACUCCUUUUCAUCUGGCUUGUAAAUUUCUCUGCGUUGAAACGAUAAAUGUAAUGUUAUAUCAACAUUCUCUUCCGACUUCAUUGAUGGACAUAUGUGAUACACCUCCGAUGUCAAUGGUGUUCAGUCAUGCACCAUGUACAUGUAAAUCUCUUCCAAACAAAAGGCAGCAGUCAGACUGGUCCUACCUCUCUGAUCACAAGUCACGAUUUGAAGACAGUCUGCGCCCUGUCUUAAAACAUAUGAAAAUUUAUAUAAAUAAUGCCAAACGUGUGACUGGUUCAACAGCCCUGCAUCUCGCAGUUUCGGAUUUAAAGUGUUCAUCUAACGUUGUAAAGGGUUUAUUGGAAUAUGCUAACGCAAAUGUCAAUGCAAGAAAUUUUUUUGGUAAAACUCCAGUACAUUGUUUGAUAAAAGGAGACAUUAGUGCAUCUGGUCAGAUAAAGAAUGUAAUGCAAACAAACUGGCAAAAUAAAAUAGCUUUGUUGUUCAAGCAUGGUGCUCACAUCGACUGUCAAGAUAUUUUCGGAUUUUCUCCUUUACACUAUGCUGCAUUGUAUUGUGACGUAGAUUUUCUAACGUGUCUUAUCGAAAACAAUGCUAAUGUGUCUAUGCGUAACAAACACGGAGCUACACCGUUCCAUCUUCUUGCUAUUAAUACGAGAAAAGAAUUAGACCCAGAUCUAAACGAUUUCUGUACUGCACUUGACAUACUAUUGAAAGCUGGUUCUAACAUCAAUGGUCAAGAUUCGUACGGCUCGUCGGCACUACAUUACGCAGUAUAUGGCGGCAACACAACAAUUGCGUUAAUUUUUUUGGAAAAAGGAAUAGAUGAUGGUUUAAAAGAUGUCGAAGGAAUGACUGCUUCAGAUCUCUGUUUUAUUGUUAAUCGUGUUGAAUUCAAAAACUUCUUAGUUGAGGGAGUUAAACUUUUUGACGAUAAACUAGACAUGUUUUUAGAAACCGUUCAUAUCAAUGAUGUGUCAAAGUGGUUAUCUUGUAACAUUUCAAAAAUUACACUUAGUGAUGAAGAAAUCCUUCAUUUACUGCAUCCUUCUCAAAAUAGCUCUUUAUCAAACAAGGUCUCAGACAACAUUGUUUUAAGACAACUUCUUGAUCUCAUGAAGUCAGUGUUUACUGAGGUGGAACGUCGUGACAACAGAUUUAAAGUUUCGAUAGAGCUUUCAGGGAGCACUAGAGAGGGUACGAAAGUUGACGCACCCGACGAGUUCGAUAUUCUGUGUUUCUUUGAUAAUUUCGAAAAUCUUUGCGAUGUUGAAGAAAUCCAGGAAUUAUACUGUGUACAAUGUAGACGAAAAGAAGAUGAACAAAAUCAAUCAUAUAAUGAGUUCUUUAACGAAAACGGUCUCUUGAUGGGUAAUCGAAUUGCCAAAAAAUUCUACCUUCAUUUAAAAGAAUGUCUUGGAAUACCAUCUGUUUGGAAAUGUGCUCCUGGAUUAUCAGAAGAUACUGUUGGCUUUGAAUUCCCCUCCGCAGAAGACUUUCCGAGUAUUCUUUGUCUACAUUUCUUAUAUACUGAUGCAAAGCGUAAAGAGAUGCCAUUAAGCUGCGAUAUCGUACCCGUAAUACGUCAGAGACAUUGGUGGCCAUCUUUUGCAAAACAAGACGGAAGAUUAAACACAGUGAAUAUAAUGGAAAAUGGUUGUAUGAUUAUGUGUAGACCUAACAAACAGACUAUGCUUUCUGGUGAAGUUGUCACAUUCCUUACUCGUUUUACAGUGUCAGUUUACUUGGCGGAACUCUGCAUAAUUCAAUCUCUUCCCAAAGCCGUGGUAGAUGCCUACAAAUUGGCAAAGAUUCUCCUAAAACAGAAACACUUAUAUCCUCCAUUAACGGAAAUUACUCAGCAAGAAAUAAUCAGUAACGAGGAGCAGGGAAUGGACAUUUUCUUGUCAGCCUUUCAUCCAAUGAUGGGAGUGUUCAGCAAAAGAAAUAUGAUAACCAGCUAUGAAUUAAAAAAUGCUUUGUUUUAUGAGCUCGAUUUGGAACCUAAUAUAAAGAUUACGGAUUGUCUGGAUAUCAAGACGACCAAAGAAUGGGCUGUGAGAAUUUUCAAGCGUGUUCAUAGUUUCAUAUCGAAUGGUUGUUUCACACCCUACUUCAUGCGAACAUUAUCCAUCAGUUCAUCAACAUGUGAAAAUUCUUUGAAAAAUAUUGAGUGUAUGUUUUGUAAAAUGAUUAUAACCAUAUUGGAAGGUAGUUUGAAAGAAAUUGAAUGAUACUGUGAAUGUUAAAAGUAAUCACGUGAGAGGUACGUUAAUGGCCAAAAGAAAAUAAUUCGGAUAAGGAAGAGGGUUACUAUGUUCAAAAGCACCUAUGUGGCUCGUUAAAUUCGAAAGGAAAAAAAACGGAAAACAUUACUGCCAAAUAGAUAUUAGACAUUAUUCUGUCAGAUUUCAGUUUUGAUAUAUUCUAUUUGAAUUAUGCGCUAAUAUAGUUUCUUCAGAUUAUUACAAAAUUAUCAAAAACUUCUUAAAUAAUCCUCAGUUUAAGAUGUUGAAAUGUUCCCCCUAUUUUGGUUCUUAAGGUGGUAUGGGAGUCUAAAAUAAAAAUGAUAGAAUUUGUUCAUACUUUGCCAAAAUGUAGUAUGUAUUGAUACAUUUUCAAAAAUAUUAUAAAAAUGAUAGGUCACCGCGCAUUUUCUCAAGCAACAGGUUGUGACAAAAUGACAGAUUUUGUAUGGAUUAUACAGGAAAAAACACAAUUUUGUGAAUAGAAACUAAACAAAAUGAUAGAAUUGUAAAAUAAAUUGGGAAAAGAUAGCUUUCAGACAAUGCUUUGAGAAUAUCAAAAGAAAAGAUAGGGUCACCGUACGUUUUUUCCAACUAAAAGACAAAAAAGGAAAAUUCCAUGAAUAGUCCUUCAGAAAAUGCACUGUAUUAGAGUUAUCUCCCCUAAAAAUGCCAAUUUGAAAAUAUUUAAAAACAACCAAAAAUAAUCAACGCUUGUAACAAUAUUAAUAUUUAUAAGUUAUGUACUUUUAAACUUGGUUCUUUUAAAUGAGAAUUCACAUUAAAUAUCGACAUUCCGCAUCAAAUUUUGCUAACUUGAUAGAAAAUACGGACCUAAGAUUCUCUGUUUUUUACAAUCCAAGAUGGCGAAGACACCCAUACCACCUUAAAGGUUCUACGCCUAAUUCAUGUACGUCCGUCACAAAACAUGUUUCGUAUUUGAUAAUAUCGCAAACCCGUAUUGGUAGUUUAUGCAGUAUUUGUCUAUUUAUCGUUCUCCUAACAUCAAAUGAUGAAUUGUAUUCAUUUAACUGUUUUAUUACUUCAAUAUCGUACUUCUGGACUAUAUGUCAUUUCCUUCACAGUAAAGUUAAUUUUAAUUGACUUUAUAUUGCACACCAGACAUUGGUCUGCAUAUAUGCUGAUGAUGAAACAUUUGAUUCAUGUAAUGUCUUUAAAGUCUUACGAUAUAUAAUAAACACGAUUGCUAUCAAUAACUAG